UGCUCCACUACCGCCCAGCUCAUCAUGACAUCUUAAUAUUUAAAAAGAUAUGAUAACCUUGUAAUUUCAUCCUCUCCAUAGCAUAGGCUUUGCCAUCUCCUUCUAUCAGAAGAGACAUAGGCCACUGUGGGAUGAUGGGUGGGACAAUCUUGCUAUUGAAGCAUUUGGAAGGAUAAGGCAAGAGGAUUUCUGUCAGAUACUGGUCACUCUGUCACACAUUCUUGACAGCAAUGCCUAGUGACAGCAGCCACUUUAUCUUUCUCAGGUUGAUGCCUACAUGCUUGGAAGUAAGUUUGCUGAAGGCAAGGGCACGUUUCUGGUCUGGACAAGCUGAGCGUACUCUGGGGAUUUGGGUUGUUGAUGAGUUGACUUCAGGGAGAUACCUGAGAGCCAGCUGGGUUUUGCUCCUGGCUUUUCGGCAUCAAUAGUAUUUCAGAACAUGGAGACAUGGGCACAUUCUGAGAUUUCUUACUUUGAUAAGCCACUCAAUGAAUUCAAGGAAAUUUAAAAUUUAAGACAAACACAAAGAAAGUAAAGGAGAUUAAAAAUAACCUCACAUCAGGUUUUAUAAUAGAAUCCGCACUUGCCCAGAGCAGCCUUGCAGCUUGCUUGCUUGCUGUUGUGAGCUUAUCUGCUAUAGAAUUUUCACUGUUUUGUGUAAUAAAGGAAAGAUUAUGUAAUCAUUUUAGGGACAACCUGUUAGACCUUAGGCUUGGGAAUUGAGGUUGUAAGUUUAGGAUGUUUGUACCCAAAGCUAGGGAGGGCAUACAAAAGAAGUAAGAUGAUAUAUAUAACCAAAGAAGUCCUUUUCUUUACUGCGCUUGUAGGCAGCAUAGUGGGUGAAUCGUGGUAUUAAAAUUUACCCUAAAUUUAUUUCAAAUGCCUUUUGCAAGUACUUCAUUUUUCAUCAGCAACCCUCUAAUGAAAGGUAAAGAGCAAGAGAAGACCUUAGAUGUCAAAUCCAUUAAAGCUUCAGUAGCCGUACAUUCCCCACAAAAAAGCACUAAAAAUCAUGCCUUGCUGGAAGCUGCAGGACCAAGUCAUGUUGCAAUCAAUGCCAUUUCUGCCAACAUGGACUCCUUUUCAAGUAGCAGGACAGCAACGCUUAAGAAACAGCCAAGCCAUAUGGAGGCUGCUCAUUUUGGAGACCUAGGCAGAUCCUGUCUGGACUAUCAAACUCAAGAGACCAAAUCUAGUCUUUCAAAGACCCUUGAACAAGUCUUGCGUGACACUGUUGUCCUUCCAUAUUUCCUUCAGUUUAUGGAACUUCGAAGAAUGGAGCACCUGGUGAAAUUUUGGUUAGAGGCUGAAAGUUUUCACUCUACAACUUGGUCCCGAAUAAGAGCACACAGUCUAAACACAGUGAAACAGAGUUCACUGGCUGAGCCUGUCUCUCCAUCUAAAAAACAUGAAACUUCAGCGUCUUUUGUAACUGAGUCUCUUGACAGGAGGUUGGGGGAUUCUAGCUCAGCCCCACUGCUUGUGACUCAGUCAGAAGGAACUGACCUGAGUAGUAGAACUCAGAACCCUCAGAAUCACUUGCUGCUUUCCCAGGAAUGCCACAGCGCCCAUUCUCUCCAUCGAGAAGUGGCCAGAACAGGAACUCAUCAGGUUUCCUUGGACUCCCAAGAAUCCUCUUCCAGACUUGCAGUAGCCAGUAGAAACAGUUGCUCUUCUCCACUGAGAGAACUGUCAGAAAAACUAAUGAAAAGUAUAGAACAAGAUGCAGUGAAUACUUUUACCAAGUAUAUAUCUCCAGAUGCUGCUAAACCAAUACCAAUUACAGAAGCCAUGAGAAAUGACAUCAUAGCAAAGAUUUGUGGAGAAGAUGGACAGGUGGAUCCCAACUGUUUCGUUCUGGCACAGGCUGUAGUCUUUAGUGCAAUGGAGCAAGAGCACUUUAGUGAGUUUCUGCGAAGUCACCAUUUCUGUAAAUACCAGAUUGAAGUGCUGACCAGUGGAACUGUUUACCUGGCUGACAUUCUCUUCUGUGAGUCAGCCCUCUUUUAUUUUUCUGAGUACAUGGAAAAAGAAGAUGCAGUGAAUAUCUUACAAUUCUGGUUAGCAGCGGAUAAUUUCCAGUCUCAGCUUGCUGCCAAAAAGGGCCAGUAUGAUGGACAGGAGGCACAGAAUGAUGCCAUGAUUUUAUAUGACAAGUACUUUUCCCUCCAAGCCACACACCCCCUUGGAUUUGAUGAUGUUGUACGAUUAGAAAUUGAAUCUAAUAUCUGCAGGGAAGGUGGGCCACUUCCUAACUGUUUCACAACUCCAUUACGUCAGGCCUGGACAACAAUGGAGAAGGUCUUUUUGCCUGGUUUUCUGUCCAGCAAUCUUUAUUACAAAUAUUUGAAUGAUCUCAUCCAUUCAGUUCGAGGAGAUGAAUUUCUUGGAGGGAAUGUUUCACUGGCUGCUCAUGGCUCUGUCUGCCUUCCUGAGGAGUCUCACUCAGGUGGUUCCGAUGGCUCCACUGCUCAGUCUAGUGUGAAAAAAGCCAGUAUUAAAAUUCUGAAAAAUUUUGAUGAAGCAAUAAUUGUGGAUGCUGCAAGUCUGGACCCAGAAUCUUUAUAUCAACGGACAUAUGCAGGGAAGAUGUCCUUUGGGAGAGUUAGUGACUUGGGGCAGUUCAUCCGAGAGUCUGAGCCUGAACCUGAUGUGAAGAAAUCAAAAGGAUUCAUGUUCUCACAAGCUAUGAAGAAGUGGGUGCAAGGAAAUACUGAUGAGGCCCAAGAAGAGCUAGCUUGGAAGAUUGCAAAAAUGAUAGUGAGUGAUGUUAUGCAGCAGGCACACCAUGAUCAACCACUAGAGAAAUCUACAAAGCUAUGACUCAAAACCAGAGAUAAGGAAAUCUGAUUUUGAAAAAAUAAGAACUUUCCCCUUUGGUUGGAUUCCUCAACACAGCCGAUGAAAAUGGAGCACUGCAUUUCUUUUCACUGCUAGAUCACUGUUGUUUCCAGGAAAGAAUGGGAGACAGUCCAAGAGCGGUUGUUCAAAGUAGACAUAGAUGACAUACAUGAUGGUAACACAGUGAGUCCCGAGAUAAAAAGUGGUGUUGGUGACCUACUAGACCGUUGGUUUCCCAGUGGCCGCACCCACUGGGGUAGACAGGGACCACAUGCUCACAGCAGAUUCUUUCCUUAGCUGUGUCAGAAAGCAUGACAGAGGUGCUUCCUUCUUGUCUCCUAGAGGUCGCAGGUCAGCCAGUCCUGCCUGGAGCAAGCAGCUCCGAGUGGCAGUGUGGGCCAGCAGCCUGUGGAGCAGAGGACGAUUCCUUGUGUAGUCUUCCUUCACAGAAGCAUUAAUUUAGAAAGCUGACAAGUCGUGGGUCAAGCCUCAAUGAUGCAUCCUUCUCUUCGCUGACAGAACACACUGUUCACAUUUCCUUCACUCCCAAGAUGCUAUAUCCUUAAAGCUAGUCUUUCCUCCACUGACAAAAGGGUGAAUUUCAUCUACUCUGAGCAUCUGACCCAUUCCUCUGCAGGAGUGCCGUGCACCAGAUGCUUCAUUCCAAGUACACAUGGAAAAAAUGAUCACUCCAGUUUGUCCCAUGUGGUUCUUAGAACACAUUUAUAAAUUUAAUAAGGUGGGGACAGAAGCAUUCCCUUUUGAGUGUCUCCCCAAUUCUUCACUGUGAGUGGGAAAUGUGUAGCUGCCUUUUCCCUUUCUGUCUUCAGACAGUAGGAGGCUCACUCGCUGCCCUUCUGCUUAGUUGGCUUUGCACCUGUGGCACAGCCAUUGGCGGGGCCACCCCGUUGGCAAGCACACUCCCCUGGCCACAUGGUGCCAGUGCUUCCUUGUGUGUAACAGUUUAGAGAGAAAGGGAGUUUUCUUAGGUGUUAAUUGCUUUUGCUCAGAAUUUGCAAAAGAGUAUGUAUAUGUGUAUGUAUAUAUAUAUACAUAUAUAAUUAUUAAUCACCUCUGUCCUUGGGAAAGUCUUGAAUGAACAGAAAAUUUAUUUCAUUGCAAUAUUGAUUGUAUAGAGGCACACUGUUCAACAGAAGAAGCAAAAAGGCUGUGUAUAAGUUUUUGGUACUAUGUACCAUCUCUGUUAUUCUGAAGUAUUCAUGUACUUAAACCAUAUUCUAUUUAAUUGUGUUUGAUUUUAAAUAUAUAUAUGUGAAUUAUAUUUAAAAUGGUGUCAACUUCCUGCUUUCAGGGUAUUUAUGGCUCUCCUAUUGAAGUAUAUUAACCCUUACUCAUAUUUCCACUUGUUUUACAAAACUCCAGAACAUGAUCCCCUACUGGACAUAGCCUUGUGUUUGACUGUAGACAAAGACACGAGGUUUUAAUUAGUAUAUGUGCUGUUGUGGCUUAUUCUGUUCUUUUAACAAAGUAUUUCUGUCCAUUUCACAUUGCUUCAAACUUUAAGUGAAACGCAACAUAAAAGUCAUAGAGUAAAAUGUGAUUCUGAGUGUCUCCUGCCUUUGCAUGUUUUAGAGUAAAAAAUUCUGUAAUGCGCUUGGCUAUUUAAACUAGUGGAUUUUUGUUAAAAUACUUUCUAGUGAUUUCUUUAUGCAUUUUGUGCUUCUGAGGUCAAGAUGUCAGUAUUUGUAAGCUAUGUCUAAGGGGAAAGAGCAAACCAGAGAUUGGUUUUGUUUUCUGCUCUGCCUGCUCUGAGAUACAGGAGCAGAGGGAUCCAGAUCUAUAAGACCAAUUGUAUGUUAGAUCCUUGUACUUGUUUAAAGUUAGCACUAGAUUCACUUAAUAUUGAUCACCCAACCACCAUGUUACAGGCUCUAUGCAAUGUUUCCACAAAAUGAUUACCUGACAGGGUUUUUAAGUCCAAGGAAGCAGUUGAACUUCAUUCUUAUGAUUCCAUUGUUGUCAGCCAGCAGAUUGUUAAAAGUCAACCUACUAAGGAGAAGAUGACAGCAUUGUAAUUUGGCUUGUCUUCAUUAUUCUUCAUGAAAAGCAGGGGUCAGCCACAUCCAGUGAAGUGCAAUGAAACGGGAAACAGUCAUUUCUAGUUGGAUUCCAGUAUUUGUUAAGGCUUUUUUGAGAUGUAAAUUGUUUACACUACUAGAGCUUUUGUUUUCAACUUUUGAGACAAGGUUUCACUGUGUUGUAAGUUCAGCUUCAGCCUCCCAAAGUCAGGGAUUAGAGACACAGCCUCCAUACCUGGCUUCUUUGCUGGUCUGUUUCAGCAUCAACAGCUAAGCAGCUGAUGUAGCAGCUGAUGUCUCUAAAGGCACUGUUGAGACUCGGCCUGACUCAGCACCCUCAGUGGCCUUGCUUUUUUUCACCCUCUUCACUCUUCUCCUAGCAUAAUAGUUGUUUAAGCCAGGAAUGAACUAAUUGAUAAUUCUGUAUCUUGAGGCUUUUGCAUGAAGGAGAAAAAUCAGCCACUACCUGGAAAGAGAUGACCUGGGUACUUCCCCAGACAGAAGUUGGCACUGGUUAACAAGCCUGAGAGAUAGGAGGCUUUGGUAAGCCUGAGGACUUCCCUGGUUUCCUCAUCCAGUUCUGUACCCUUGCCUUGGUUUUCAUUCGUCCUUAGGGUAUGUUUAGCAUAUAGCUGGAUUUUUUUUUUUUUAACAUUAAUCUGAAGUGACUUGUUAGUACAACAAAAAUGAUCUUGAUUAAAGUACUAUCACAGUGCUCUACAACAUAACAACUGUGUAUUAAGCACGUUGCUAAUUACUGUGACAUUCUGGAGCAGAAUUUUUCUGUAGUAAGCCUGCCUUGGUCAUCUUGUGUAUACUGUUGAAGUGGAAUCCUAAUCUCCUGGGACUAAAACACUUAAUUCUUUAAGAAAUGAGAAGUUACUCAUGCCUUAGAAAGGCCCCUGCUAUAUUGCAGGAUGGUCACCAUCAGAACUCCUGCGUCCUAGGCCAGGGCCUCUUCAUGUUUCCCCAUGUUGUACCUAAGAAUAAGCUUGGUCCCCACUCUUAGCUGUCUACCAAGAACCAGAAGACAUUUCAACUAGGGGGGAGGUUGUGACUCGUGAGACCUAUGUAGGUGUUGAACAUAUCUACAUACUAGUCCACACCUCUAUACCUCAGAGCCAUAAAGUGGCAAGUAAAGUACUUGUUAAAACUCAUCAAUGCUACAGCUUGAGGGAGUCACAUUAAUAAUUGUCCUACGCUCUGAGUCCUUUCCAGGUAGGCACUGAGGAACUGCCUCUUUGCUGGGGCAGGGCUGGGAGUGGCUCAGAGUAGGAGGAAUGGUGGACAGGUAGGGAAGACCAAAGAGAGCAUUUAAGGCAUUGGUUCAAGCAAAGGCUCAAAGGGUAUCUGUUCAGGGAGGGCCUGCCUGAGUACACCAGAAGGCCAGUAUUCUUGGCUGAUGAUUUGUGCGUAUAUCCUUGGUUCAUCGAAAAGUAACCUGCUUUGACACACUAAGGAUGUUGUACAACUUGAACAGGAUACAUUAAACCCCUUGCUAAAGGUGAUACAUCAACACCAGAGGAACCCAAGGUUCGGGUAAGAGGGUACAAGGAUCUUGGAGUGGGUUAAAGAGCUAUUUCCCAAGGUGAAUGAGAGAUUAGGUUCCAACACGGCUUUUCUUCUGGUUUCAUGUUCCAAGACCACUCUUUAAGUGUGCCUUCAGGCUGGUCCCUAAAUGAUCCCAAACUGACCUCUGCCUGUAUCCUAGUAAGAAUCCCACAUUCACAGUCGUGAAAGAGGUACUAGCCACCAGGUAUGCUGGUGUCUAUAAUCCUGGAACACAGAAGGCUGAGGUAGAAGGAUCACAAGUUUGAGGCCAGCUUAGACUAAACCCAGUCUCAAAACUGAAAACAGGUACUAGAGAGUUGCUUAGCAAUGAGAGUGUAUACUGCUCUUAUCAUGUAUACAUACUCCUUGCUCACAUCUAGCCUCUCUGUGCACCUAUAUUCACAAUGUACAUAUAGGUUGUGUGUGUGUGUGUGUGUGUGUAGUUUAAAAUGAAAAUAGUUUAUAGCUGAAACACUUGACUAAGACUUGGCCCUUCAGACUGGUAUAGCUCUAAAUGGUAGCCACCAAAACUCAGCCUGAUACCGAGAUUUUUCUUUUUCUUGUUUUGGCAAAGAGCAGCCUUUGUUCCUUCUGCUUAACUGCUAGUUUGGUGAGUGUUUAUUCUAAGUACUAUAUAUGGUUUCGUGGUAAAUGAGAAAAUAAGAUGAACUUCUAGAACCUUUGGAGUUGCAUCUAAAACAUGCUGGGCUUGGGUGUUUCUCAGUGCUAGAGUGCAUGCUUAGCAUACACAGGGCUCUAGGUUUCACCUCAGCACCAGUAAAUAAAAUAUAUACUAGUUUUUUGUGGGCUUUUUUUGUUUUUUUAACUUGGGUGGCCUUUUGAACCCAUGAUUCAAUUCCUCUAUCACCCAGAGCCCUAUUGGGUGUCACUACUAUUCCAUACCUUCCCAGUUUCACCAUUCUGUGAGGAUCAGCCACUGUACCAUCCCACUUACCUGCUAUGAGUUUGGGCAUUCGGUCACAUGUUGAACAAAGUAUAAACAGCUUGUCUGACCAGUAAGGCUGUUUCUGAACAGGACAAAAAUAAAGUGUAGGAUUGGCCUUGACCUCAGGCUCUUUGCAGAACUUUGGAACAUUUUAAUUCUUUGAGGCUAGAAAUGGGAAGAGUUAUAUAAGAUUAUCACACACACAUGAUAUAAAUUAUGACUUUGGAAAAACCUAGCUGGCAAUGGAACUACUUCAUGAAGUGGUGGGCUUUGUGAAUCUUUUUAUUGAUAAUAAUAACCAGCAUAAUUGAUCACUUAGGAUGUGCUAAGUACAACUGUCCAUGAAGUAGUGGGCUUUGUGAAUCUUCCUUAUUGAUAAUAAUAACCAGCAUAAUUGAUCACUUAGGAUGUGCUAAGCACUGUCUCUGAUCACUGACUUGAAAGGUAAAGGUAAGUACUUUUUUCUUUUUUUAUGUUAAGUGACACAGAAGCUGGAAGAACAAAGCAAUCUCUAGGAUCACACAGCCAGGGACAAACUAGUAGCCUUCUCCCCACCGCUAUAAUGGAUGCCAGUGCGCACUACUGACUUGUAUAGCAGAUGUCAAAGGGUUAAGAGGAACUUAAGCAGCCAGGAAGUUGUUGCUCUCCCCUUUAAUCUCAGCACUAGGGAGGCAGAGGCAGGAAGAUCUCUUGAGUUCAAAGCCAGCCUGGUCUACAGAGUUCCAGGAUAGCCAGGGCUCUAUUCCACAGAGAAAGCCUGUUUCAAAAAACAAAACAAAAAAAUAAAUAAAAGGGAUGAAGGAAAAACUUAAGUUGAGUGUGGUGGCACAGAUCUGUAAUCCCAGCUCUUAGCGAGUAGAAACAGAAAGAUGUAGUUAAAAAUGAUUAGCAAGGGCAGCUUGGCCUAUGGAGCUUCUGUCCUAAGGAAAGAAAGGGAGGAAGGGAUGGGAGGGUCCCAUCCGUACCUUAAAACCGUAGGGGUUUUUGCUUGUUUUUGAGGUGGUCUCAAGCAUAUCAGUUUGGUUUCCAACUUCCUAUGUGGAAGAGAGUGAUUUAGAAUUCCUUAAUCUCCUCCUACCUCCCAAAGAGACAUAGGCAUGUACAAACACACACUUAAGUAAUGCUGAUGACCAAACUCAGGGCUUUGGACAUGUUAGGCAAACAUUCUUCCAACAGCUGUAUCCCCAGCCUGAAAAGCACUUUUCUUAAACUUCAUUGUAUACCUGAAUCCCCAGAGAGACUUGCUAGCUCAGAGGCUGCCUAGCUAACCUCCAGGGUUUCUGAUCUAGUAGGUCUGGGUAGAACCUGAGAGUUUUUGCAGCAGAUUACCACUGCUGCUGGCAAGAUUACAGUUUGAGACUCAACCGGCCUUAAAAUCAUCCUUGCAACUAGGGGAAUGAGUAUUUCUGUUCUGGGAGUGUGUUCUGUUAUUGGCAAUAUGAUUUUAAUUACUUCUCUUGAUACCCUGACACCUGUAGUCUCUCAUUAGUAUCCAGAUGUUUAUCAAAGCUGAGACUAUCCAAGCCCCACUCCUCAGUCUCUCCUCCCUGUUUGUCUCAGCCCCUUGGUUCUGGCUGCCCUCUGAAGUCCUGCCCAUGCUCCCUGGCCUGUUUUCCUUUGCCGACCAACUUUCCAUAGACACUGGUGUCUCACUCUCCCUUUCCUCCUUUCUAGCACAUACAUCCUUAGGACUAUUGUGGUUCUGAGCAGUCCAGCAGUUCCAGGACAGAUUUGCUGCCUUCCAGUCUAGAGAACAAGUAUUGACAGUUCAGUGUAAUAUGUUCUGAAAGAGGGAGGAGCCUGUUGGAGUUAAGAUAGGUGGAUUUGGCCAUGUUUUCAUUCACAGAUUUUUGACCAGCCCAGCCGUUCUCCAGAAUCUGCCCAUUCCGCACAUUGUUCUUUGAUCCCAUUUUUCUCACAGUCCUGAUGCUCUCAGACAACUCCCAAUCCCCUUACUGAACCAUGGCUCACUCGCCAUUGUCCAGGAACACCUGCUCCAAGCUGGUAUGACAUUCACAUUCAGACCCUUACUUGGAAGACUACCCUCUCUAGUGUUUGGCCAGCUUCAAGCUGUUGGGGAAUCCAGGGGAUCUCUCUCCCUUCCUCUCCCCAAAAGUUUUUUUUUGUUUUUGUUUUUUUGUUUUUGUUUUGUUUUGUUUUGUUUUUGAUACACCAUUCCCAACUUUUUUCACAACUUCUUUGCUCUUGAAAAAACAUCACAACCCCUGACUAACAAUCUGGUCUGGACCUCUGGCACACCCCUGUAACUAACCUUGCCAUUUCCUGCUGCUGUUAGCCUCUGAUGGCUUCUCAGAUUUGUGGUCCAUGUAAACCUCAGAAAAGCAAGGUUUUGUGCAGUUCUGAGUUUCUCCUACUUGAGUGAAUUGGGAGUGGGUGCUUUGUUUCUAUAAAGGCAGGACAGAGAGAUUUCUCAUUAUUCCAGGGAAGCAUCCCCUCACUACUACAAAAGUACAUUUGCAAACCAGCCUUUCAAAGAGCUAUUUCAAAAGCAAUAAGCAAGUGGCUCUGUGGUGAGGAUUACAAACACCCUCAGGGUAAGUCAAGGGUGAAGUGAGCAGUUCUAAUGUGAUGGGUUGGUGCAGACUCUGGAAGAGUGUCAGACAUACGUCUUUAAAGUGCUGUAUCUCAAACUACUUAGAUGCAAACAAAGGGGAUCUACUUAAAGAAACUAGGUGUAGAUAUGAAGAUGUUGAUUCAAAAGAUGCUUGUGGAGAAUUUGAAGCGAAUUGUUACAGUGUGAGAAUGGGGAAAAAGCAAUAUUUUGUAUUAUUGUAUUAUAUAUAUUGUUAUUUUAAAAUAAGCAUGUAUAAUUAAAUAAAUUAGAUAUUAUAAAUAGA